AUGCCGUCCGUCCGGAGCAGGCGCAGUAAGGGUCAGCCGGAUGCUGCCGUCCCUCCGGAGCAGGCGUAUUGCAGGUCAGUCGGAUGCCGGCCAUCUGGAGCAGGCCGGGUCCACACAGGAGAGAGGCCAUUUCCCUGUCCCAAAUGCAGGAAGGCCUUCAGCAAUUCCUCCCACCUUCUGACCCACCGGCGAGUCCACACGCGGGAGAGGCCCUUCAGCUGUCCCGAGUGUGGGAAGAGAUUCAGUCAAGUGGGCACCUUGCGGAAGCACCAGCUGCUCCACGCCGGGGAGAGGCCCUUCAGCUGCCCCGAGUGCUGGAAAGCUUACAGCGAUUCCUCUGCCCUGCUGAGGCAUCAGCUGGUCCACACGGGGGAGUGGCCUUUCAGGUGCCCCGAGUGCGUGAAGGGCUUUAGCGAUUCCUCUAAUCUCCAGACCCACCGGCAGGUCCACACGGGGGAGAGGCCCUUCAGUUGUCCCGAGUGCGGGAAGGCCUUCAGCGAUUCCUCUAAUCUUCAGACCCACCGGCGGGUUCACACGGGGGAUAGGCCCUUCAGUUGCCUCAAGUGCAGGAAGUGGAGCCUGAGACAGUUAUACGGCCUGGAAAGAGGAAUUCCCAGCAGUGAGGGGCAGUACAUGUGUUUGUUUGUGGCUGAAGCUUCGGACAUGGAGAAACCGUGGAAGUGUGGUAACUGUGGGAAAGGCUUCCGUGUUCCGUCUCACCUGGAGAUCCAUCGGCGCAAUCACACCGGGGAGAGGCCGUUCUCCUGUCCCAAGUGCAGGAAGGCCUUUACCCAGGUCUCUGCCCUGCUGAUGCACCAGCGGAUCCACACGGGGGAGAGGCCGUUCAGUUGCCCCGAGUGUGGGAAGGCCUUCAGCAAGUCCUCCCACUUGCUGAGUCACCAGCAGAUCCACACGGGGGAGAGACCGUUCAGUUGCUCCGAGUGUGGGAAGGCCUUCAGCAAUUCCUCCAACCUACUGACCCACCGGCGGGUCCACACGGGCGAGAGGCCCUUCAGCUGCUCUGAGUGCGGCAAGGCCUUCAGCAAUUCCUCCAACCUACUGACCCACCGGCGGGUCCACACAGGGGAGAAGCCAUUCAGCUGCCCCAAGUGUGGGAAGGGCUUCACCCGCUCCUCCAACCUCCGGAACCACCAGCGACUUCAUACAGGGGGGAGGCCACUCUCCUGCCCCAAGUGCAGGAAGGCCUUCAGUGAUUCCUCCCACCUGCUGAUCCACCGGCGGGUCCACAUGGGGGAGCGGCCCUUCAGCUGCCCAGAUUGCGGUAAAAGCUUCAGCAAUUCCUCCACCCUGCAGACCCACCAGCGGGUCCACACGGGGGAGAGGCCCUUGAGCUGCUGUGAAUGCGGGAAGUGCUUUACCCAGGUCUUUGCCCAGCUGAGACACCAGCGGUCCCACACCGGGGAGAGGCCCUUUAGUUGUCCUGAGCGCAGGAAGUGCUUUACCCAGGCCAUCACACUUCAGAAACACCAGCAGUUCCACAAAGGGGAGAAGCCACCAUCUUUGUUUUUCUUCUUGUUUCCGUCUCCUCUUUCAUUGACGCGCGUCAUGUGGGCCCCCUCCAAUCAGAGCGCACCUUACUCCACCUGA